UGCCGAUGUCUGGAAUAGUGGUAUUUGGUAUUCUGAAUUCCGAUUUCUUAUUUAAUGUUUUUAAGAAUUAAAUUACUUGUUAUCCGUCACAUUGCACUUGAACUUGAUUUUGUUUUAGUAAAUUGUGUCUGGUCCGUUCUUUUUUCGUUAUAAAUAUUUUAUCCGCAUUUUACUACAUUUUACAGAUUUGAACGUUUCGCAUUAUUAUCUCUUAAGAAAAAAAAUGACUGAAGCCGUGGUGAGUGGAAAAGAUACGCGUUGUUUAUUCAUUAACAAUGGUGAUGAUUUAUUGACUCUAAAAAAAGUUGUAUCUAAAAAAGCAGACAAAGAUGAUGAGAAACAAAAACUUAAUAAAUCUGUAGAAACUAAUGGCAGUGAAUUAAAUGGAAACCACAAUAAAACUGAUAGUAUAAAUUUUGAUGUUGAUAAUACAUCUUCAUUAGAACCAAAUUUAGAAAUGGAUAGUGAUACAGAUCGUAAUAUUACUAUUGGUUCAAUUUGCACCCAAGAAGAUCGAGAAUCAGAAACUAUUGAUAUCUCUAAUGAAAAUUCAAAUGAAGCAGACACAAAAAAUGGUGAAAAAGAUAUUCAAGUAAAUUCAAUCAAAUGUCUAAAUAUUCCAUAUUCUCCAAGUGAUUCUUUAGAUGAUAAUGAGUAUUCACAUGAUUUGGAAGAUGAUGAUUUAGAAUUAAAUAAUAUUAGGUCACCUGCAUCUUACUUUAAUAUAUCUUCAAGGGCACCAUUACAUUCUACCAAGGAUUUAGACACUACAUUAGAAGACGAUAUACUAUUACUGGAUGAAGAAGUAUUAAUUAGCGAACGAAAGCGAAAAUUUGAAGACUUACCAGAACAAGAACAGAAGGCUACUAAGAUACUUAAACUGUGGAACUUAAUGAAAUAUCCUUUUCAAAAAAUAACUUAUGGUACUUCAAUAAGUGAAGAUGAACCAAAUAUUUCUAUAGCUGAAGCCAUAGUUGAAAAAGAGAAUUCCUUAGAACCUGAGACAGCUGUUAGUGAGGACAAUAGUGAUAGUGUAAAAACUGAAGAAAAAAACACUCAAAAUAAUUCUGAGGCAGAUGGAGAAAAUGUGGAUACCUCAACAAAUGAAAAUACACAAAAAUUCUGUAACAUAAUGUAAUUGAAGCAAAAAGGUAUAAAUUAAUUAUUGCAAUAUUCUUGUUUUAAAGAAGUGUAUGUUCAUAUUAGUUAAAUAAUACAUUGAAUAUUUUAGCUUUAUUGACUGAAUUAGUCAAAAAUAAAACAUGGCCUAAAUUUGAUUUUUUUUUAUUACUAUUUUUAUUUUAUGACCAUUUAUAAUGUUCCAAAUUAUCAUUUGUGUUUAACAUAUUUAGUGUUUGAAAUUACUUAAGAAGUAAUUUUUUUUAACAUAUCAAAGAACAAAAUUUGUUCCAUUUAAUAUUUUUUUCUUACAUAUUUAAAUGCAGUAUUAUGUUCUAAACUGGUUAAAUAUUAAUAAUUGUUAAUACAUUUAUGUUAAAUCACAAUAAGUAUUAUUUGAAAAUCAACAUAUAUCUAUAUGCCAAAACAUAAUUUUUACUAUAUUUACUUUUUAAUUAUGUUAUUGUUUAUUGGUCAAGGCGGUUAUUUAUAUUGUAAUUCAUUAUUAUUAUUAUUUUUAAAUAACCUUAGCAGAAUUGAUAUGAAUAUUUUGUAACUAUCCAUAAAUUAUGUGCCUAGUGUUUAUUUCGGCAGAAAUAUUAGUACUAUAUCAUAUUAAGUAAAUUGUUUGGAAGUUGAAAUUUAUUAGUUAUAGAAAGUUAUUACAGAACUUAUAAGGUUUACAAAAAUUAAAAUAUGUAAAAUUUUAUUUUAACUAUAUAUGGUAUUUACAAUAUAAAUUGUAUUGACAAUUGAUUUAUUUAAAAUUAUUUAGUUAUAAUUUUAAAGUUAAAAACAAAUAAAUGAAAAAGAAAAUCAUCUCUCAUUUUUGUAAUUAAGUUUAUUUUGAUGUAUACUACCAGUUAUUUUUCAUGUGUUUAUUAAUUAUAAGUAUUCAAAUAAGGAAUAAUACUACUUAAUAAUUUAGAAUAUUUUUUUAUGUACAUCAACACGAUUUUAGAAUAUUUUUCUUUUUAUGUUGUAGUCGAUAAAACCUUGUGCGAUAACAAUGUCCCCCUUUGAUGUUGUAUAUCUUGUUACAAAUUCACAGUAUAGUAUUUAAGAAGAAUGAUUAGAAGAAAUAAUACAUGUUAGAUAAGUUUUUUAGUUAGCUGCGUAUUUUAUUAAUAUUUAUUUAUAAACCCUUGUAUACAAUAUAAUAUAGAUACAAAUAAAAGUAUUAGAAAUA